AUGACAGAGCCUUCAGAAUGCCCCUUCUCCAUUUCAGCCAUGGCCCUAAUUGAAGCCGGGGUAAAGAACUGCUUCGUAAACCUCGGUUCCGACCACCCCAGCAUCCUCGAAGCCAUUGUCAAGGGCCAGGUGGAGCUCCCAGACAAAUUCCCAAAGAUAAUAACAUGUCCGAACGAAAUGGUCGCGCUAUCCAUGGCAGACGGCUACGCCCGUCUAAGUGGCGAAGCGCAGUGCGUAAUCGUACAUGUGGACGUUGGUACGCUGGCGCUCGCAGCUGCUGUGCACAACGCAGCCAUGGGGCGGGCGCCUGUGUUGAUAUUUGCGGGGUUAUCACCGUAUACGAUUGAAGGGGAGGUACUGGGGUCGAGAACGGAGUUCAUUCAUUGGAUACAAGACGUACCUGACCAAAAGCAAAUCGUAGCACAGUACUGUCGGUACGUGGGCGAGAUCAAAACAGGCAAAAACGUAAAGCAGAUGGUGCGGCGGGCGCUGCAGCUUGCGACUAGCCAUCCACAGGGACCUGCGUAUCUGAUGGGAGCGAGGGAGGUCAUGGAGGAAACUAUCGAACCCUAUAGCAUCAACUCAGCAGUCUGGAAGCCGAUUGCGCCAGCGGCUCUACCGCAGGAUGCUGUGCGAGAGAUCGCUGAGGCACUUGUGAGCGCAUCUGAUCCCCUCGUCAUCGUCGGUUUCACUGGGCGUAACCACGCUACGGUGCAAUCCUUAGUGUCCCUAGCCAACACCCUACGCGGCCUUCGCGUGCUCGAUACAGGGUGCUCCGAUAUGUGUUUUCCGGCGGACCACCCAGGGUGGCUGGGGAUGAAAUACGGCGUGGACUCCGUAAUCGAGAACGCCGAUGUCUUCCUUAUACUCGACUGCGACGUUCCCUGGAUCAACAAGCUGUGCAAACCCAAGGCCUCAGCAAAGGUGUUCCAUCUCGAUGUUGAUCCGUUGAAGGAGUCUAUGCUGGUGUUCUACAUCGAUGCGCAGCAGCGGUAUCGCGUGGAUACGCAAGUCGCUCUCGAGCAAAUUACAGAGUACCUGCGUGGUCCGCUGGCCAAGGAGCUCGCAACUGGAGAUGUCGAGCGCAGGGCUGAGACGCUCGUGAAGUCGUACAAUGAACGCAUUCGCAUGCUUGAUGAGCGGGCGAAGCCCUCGGGCGAUGGGAGUCUCACAACUGAUUACAUCUGCUCCACUGUACGGCAAAAGUUGCCUCAAGACACCAUCUUCGCGGUAGAGGCAAUCACAAAUACUGUCGCAGUUGCUGAUCAAAUCCGAGCCACGCUUCCAGGUCAGUGGAUUCACUGCGGAGGCGGAGGCCUUGGGUGGAGCGGCGGCGGCGCGUUAGGUGUCAAGCUCGCAGCAGACGCAGCAGAUGCCUUGGUCCCCGGGAAGCGGAAGAGAUUUGUAGUGCAGAUCGUGGGCGACGGGUCAUACAUGUUCAGUGUUCCCUCGAGCGUGUACUGGAUCUCGGCGCGCUACAAAAUCCCCGUUCUGACGAUUGUUCUCAACAAUCUGGGCUGGAACGCGCCACGGAGAUCUAUGCUGCUAGUGCAUCCUGAUGGUCCUGCAUCGAGAGCCACCAAGGAGGAGCUGAAUAUUUCCUUCGCCCCGAGUCCAGACUAUGCGGGCAUAGCGAGGGCGGCAAGUAACGGAGAGAUAUUUGGUGCCCGCGUGGUCAACGUAUCUGAAUUUGAGGCAGCACUAAAUGAGGCGGUGGAGAGUCUUGAGCGAGGUGUCUCAGCGGUGCUGGAUGUUGCAAUAUAA